AGAUUAUUACAUUGAUUGCACUGCCUUUGUUGUAGCACCCUUUUCCUUACAUUCUGUAUCCAGAGUCAAACCCAUAAUAAAUAUCCCAAUUCCAUUUCGAAUUAUAUAAACCUGCGGAAACCAAAUAACAGACAUUCAUUCACAUUUGUGUCUGUGCUUCCAACCCAGAGAAAUUAAGAUGGGUGUUGGAAUAAGAAUAUAUGGUUGGAAUGUUGCAGUGGCCACUGUUUUGGUCAUUUGUCUCUGUUUGGCAUGUGCAAGAGGAGGAGCUGCUCAAAACCCAUUACCACCACAACCAUUGAGAUGCAAUAUUUAUGAAGGGAGUUGGGUAUAUGAUGAAUCUUACCCUAUCUAUGACUAUGCAUCGUGUCCUCACAUUCGGAAUGAGUUUGAUUGCUUGGGACAAGGUCGUCCUGAUCGGGAGUAUCUCAAAUACAGAUGGCAACCCAGCGGCUGUGACUUGCCAAGAUUUGAUGGGAAAAAAUUCUUGACAAAAUAUAAGGGGAAGCAGCUCAUGUUUAUAGGAGAUUCAGUGAGUCUAAACCAGUGGCAAUCAAUGAAAUGCAUGCUUCAUUCUGCUGUACCUCAAAUUGAGAUAUCAGAGCAAUCAAUUGAUGGUCACAUAUGGUCUAACUACACAAUCAAGGAGUAUGGAGUUUCAGUGAUUGUUUACCAUUCAAAUUAUUUGGUUGACAUUGUAGAGGAAAAAAUUGGUAGGGUGUUGAAGCUUGAUUCCCUUCAGAGUGGAAACUUGUGGAAAGACAUGGACAUUUUGGUUUUCAACACUUGGCUUUGGUGGUAUCGCAGUGGACCCAAGCAACCAUUUGACUAUAUUCAAAUAGGCAACAAGAUAGUGAAAGACAUGGAUCGUAUGGAAGCUUUUCGAACGGCUUUGACAACUUGGGCUAAAUGGGUAGAUACAGAGGUGGAUACAAUCAAAACAAAAGUCUUUUUGCAAGGAGUUUCUCCUUUCCACUACCAUGGCCCAGACUGGAAUGAGCCAGGAGUGAAAAACUGUGCAAAGGAGACACGACCAUUAAAUGGAUCAACAUACCCGGCUGGAUUGCCAAGGCCAGAAUAUGUAAUAGAAGAUGUGUUUAAGACCAUAACCAAGCCAGUUCAUCUAUUCAACAUUACAACUCUCUCACAAUUAAGAAAAGAUGCACAUCCUAGUACUUACAAUAUUUUUGGCAUGGACUGUACCCAUUGGUGUGUACCAGGCUUGCCAGAUACUUGGAAUCUGCUGCUGUAUACAGAAGUCAUGAGUUAGAAACUUAGAAUUGAAAAGAAAGAAAUAAUUAUAAUACAAGAUACAAAUUAAUUA